UGUAUGUGUACAUUAACACCUGCGUUUCAUCUUGUUCCAAUCAUUUUCAUUUUACUUCUUUUGUAGUAAUCAAACACUUUUUGCCUUGGUUUCAAAUUGAACCAACAAUGGCCGAAGCAAUUGCUUUCGAUAUUGCCAAAGAGCUCAUUACUAAGUUGAGCUCUCCUGCUCUCUCUCAAAUUGGACUGUGGUGGAAUCUCAAAGAUGACAUCGACGGCCUCAAAAGCAUCGUCCGCACAAUCAAGGCUGGGCUUCUUGACGCAGAAGAGCGAUCUGUAACCGACAAUCUUGUCAAAGAUUGGCUUGAAAAGCUGAAAGAUGUACUUUAUGAUGCCGAUGACUUACUCGAUGAUUUCUCUACUGAAGCUUUGCGGAAAAGUCUGGUGAGUGGGAACAAGCUGACGAAAGAGGUACGUCUUUUCUUCUCAAGCUCAAACCAGUUUGCUUACAGUCUCAAAAUGGGUCGGAAAAUUAAGGCCAUUAAGGCGAGAUUAGCUUCAAUUCAAAGUGAGGCUAACACUUUUCGCUUCAUGGUGCGUGACCGCCCCGCGGAAACCUCUUUCAUGACUAAAAGGAGGCAGCAAACACACUCUUUUGAGCGUGAAGAUGAAAUAAUAGGGAGGGAUGAUGAUAAAGCAGCUCUUCUAAAACUCGUGUUAGAGUUUCAAAGUGAAGAGAAUGUUUACAUCAUUCCAAUUAUGGGGUUAGGAGGGUUAGGGAAGACUGCUUUGGCCCAACUUGUCUAUAACGAUGAAAUGGUCAAAAAUCAUUUUGAGUUGACGAUGUUUGCGUGUGUUUCAGAUGUUUUUGAUGUGAAAGUUAUUGUAGCAAACAUUAUCAAAUCUAUAACUAAUAAAGCAACUGAUCCUGAUCAAAAUCUUGAAAUGGAUCAAUUGCAAAAGCAACUUCGAGAUAAAAUUGAUGGGAAAAAAUAUUUGCUUGUUUUGGAUGACAUUUGGAAUGAGGAUGAGCAACAAUGGUUAAGCUUAAAGAAGUUAUUAAUGGGUGGGGCUAAAGGGAGUAGGAUAAUAGUAACUACUCGAUCUCUAAGGGUAGCAAAGAUUGCUAAUAGAUGUGACUCCCAUGUUAUGAAACUAAAAGGCUUGUCUGAUGAUGAUGCUUGGUCUUUGUUCAAAAAGAUAGCAUUUGAGCAAAGAUAUGCAGACUCAACAAAUUCAGCCUUUGUGGAAGUUGGGAAACAAAUUUCAAAAAGGUGUGGUGGGGUUCCCUUAGUCAUAAGGGUGAUAGCUAGUGCGUUAUCUUUUAAAGAAACUGAAAAUGAGUGGCUUUCUUUCAAAGAUAAUGAACUUGCUAAAAUAUCACAAACUGAAGGAAAAAUUCUACCUAUACUUAAAUUGAGUUAUGAUCAUCUCCCGUCCCAUUUGAAGCAUUGCUUUUCUUUUUGCCGAUUGUAUCCAAAAGAUUAUGAAAUUGAUGUACAAGAGCUUGUUCAAUUUUGGAUUGCACAAGGUUUUGUAAAGCAAUCAGAUUCAAAGCAAUCUUUUGAAAAGAUUGGGUUUGAGUAUUUUAAAGAAUUAGCUGAAAAAUGUUUCUUUCAGGAAGUAAAAGGAGACUUGACGGAAGAAAUUACAUGCAAAAUGCAUGAUUCAAUGCAUGAUCUAGCUAAAUUAGUAGCUGGAACAGAGAGUAGUAUUGUAGAUUCAAAUUUAAGUACAAGUGAGGAUGGUGAAAAAUGUCGCCACAUAUCAAUUACAGCCUCAUUAAUACCUUCGUUUAAGGGAAAGAAGUUGCGAACUUUGUUAUAUUUUUCAAACAUGGGACCUCAAAAUUUAAGCGACGAAAUUUGGGAUCUGAUAAUUGCAAAUUGUAGAUGCUUGCGUGUAUUGGGAUUAGAUUAUUUAAAUCUUAAGACGAUUCCACGCUCCAUUUACAAGUUGAAACAUUUGAGAUACCUUGAUCUUUCUAGAAAUAAUUUUAAGAUUCUCCCAAAGAGUAUUUGUAGACUACAAAAUUUGCAAUCUUUGAAACUUGUUGGAGCAAAGAGACAAUAACAGGCUGUUUUGUAUCUUGCUUGAAUAGCAAGCCUCGAGCCUUGGUGAAGAAACAAACUCAGAAGCAAAAACAGAAAAUGAAAUUAGCAAGCGAAUAACAGAAAAGAGAGAAGAAGAAUGAAUGAAAAAAUGAGCUGAUGUUUUUCAUUAACACACAACAAGGCAUUAAGCCAUUACAUAUUUCAGUCAACAAGUAAAACAAACAAGUAAUCACCUAAUCAACUACCUAACUCCACUAAUUUGCAUUGAAACUUUCAAGAUUAGCUUGUACAACUUGCAUUGCUGACUUUUCAGUCAAUCAAUAUCAAAACAUUUACCUACCUAGUUCAACAUGAACUAGAUUACAAAACAAUCAA